AUGGCUGCAAGACUAGCUGUUGACCAGGAGCUGUCUGAUAUUUUCGACGAGCUGUGGAGGUUGGAUAAGAACCGCCUGACUCCUGUGACGGACUACAACAUCUCUGUUCAGGGUAGAGCCAGCUUUGUAAACCCAGGCAGCCACGUUGUGCGAGAUUAUGCUCUACAGCCUCUGUUCUCCGAUGUUAACGAGAACAAACUGGCCAACACAACCACGUACUCCCGCUUCAUAAAACUCCUGAACAACUACGAGCGGUCCACAGGCGUCGCUGAGCAAGUCACGGCAGAGGAACGGACCGAGAUUGAUCUCUUCCUGGAUGCUGUCCUAGAGACAGAAGUCAUGAAGCGGGCUCAUCGGUACCUGGUGAGCAAAGCAAAGUCCAACUCUGACCUGAGGCGCUUUAAGAGUCAGCUGUAUUUAAUCUGGUUCAACUUCUACCACCGGCAGAGAAACGCAGGCCUGGACUCCUGUGGGUUCGAGCAUGUGUUUGUUGGAGAGACGAGAUCUGGAACAGAAAUUAUCGGUUUUCACAACUGGAUCCAGUUCUACCUGCAGGAAAAAAGCACACACUUGGACUACAAAGGAUACAAGGGCAGGAACUUUGACCUACCCGAUCAAGACGACCACGUUCUGAACCUCCAGUUCAGCUGGCAUGGUUUGGUGAAGCCCGUUGGCAGCACCUUCAUCGGGACCAGCCCGGAGUUUGAGAUGGCGAUCUUCACCAUCGUCUUCCUCAGGAGCACGGAACGGAGCACCACGGUGCUGGUCAACAUUGACCAGUGUCAGAUGGAGCUGGUGGUCAUCAGACAUGGACGCUCCCUCGGGACGGCGUACCCAAAGCUGCUUAGCAGCAACAGCAGACAUGUUGGGCAGCAGCACUCGCGCUGA